AUGAACGGCCUCUCUGACUCUCAGGACCUCCUCUGGGACACUGAUGCUCGUGAAGAUGCCUCCUCCACCACCUCUCUCACCGAGACGUUGCCACACGACGACCACGUAAAGCCUGAUGCGACCCUGAGCCUAUUCGAAUCCAUCAUCACGACAUAUCCGCCCAUCUUUGAAUCACUCCUUUCCCAGAUACCCACCGCCUCGCUUCUCGAUCUUUAUCACACUUCUAAAUAUCUUCGCGACUUCUUAAAAGAAUAUCCCCUCGCAUGGAGGACGUUAUCAUUUCGGCUUCCGCAGCCUGCGGUGGUGGUCGGCGUCGGAACACCAGGCAAUGAGACACCGGAUAACAGAGAGAGACAAUCGAAAGCGUACUCCUUCGAUGCACUACUGAAACAGGUCAUACAACCAUAUGGGUCGCGUUUAACCAGUUUAGACGUCUGCAACACUGCGGUGACCGGCCUUGCGCUUUCCCAGGUGCUCCAGGCGCGAAUCGGAACGCUUCAACACCUUUCCGUGCGCGGCUGCAAGAACGUAUCCAUCAAAUAUCACAUAGUACCCUUCCUCGAGCCUUACAUAUGGAAGAACCCGGCUUGGAACCCGAAGGAUCUGGCAUUAAAGAGCCUCUACACAUAUCGGUGUCGACACCAUCGCCGUCGACCAUACCUACCCUCCUCUCUCUUGCGACGAGAUUCCGACUCCGACCCUACGCAUCAACUGAUCUGUAUAUGCCACGAUCUUGGCAUCUGGACCGACACAGCAUGGUGCCCAACUCCCGGUGGAAGAUGUUUCAGGAGGAAGGAUUACCAUGCUGGCCGAGCGGGACCGCAAAAUAUGGCUGUCUGGGUCCCCUUCGAUCGACUGUGGCGAUCAAGCAACCGAAUCGGGCCUAUGGAUGGUGGCGGGAAGAAGAUAGGAGCAACGGACGGGAGACUGUGGGAGAUAUCCGAAACUGGUCAGGAUGGCGAGCCGUUGGGACCUGGAGAUGGCCACUCUAGAGGAGAAGGAAAGCAUGUGCCCACGCAUCUCCGAAAGAGCCACAGGAUAUUCAUUGAAGACGUCAAAUGUGCACAGUGUAACGAUGUCAUCACCGAGCGCUGCGAGUCCUGCAGCGUCAGAAUGCACUGCAUGGGAUGCCGCAAGACUCUUUGCGCAAGUUGUGCAUUCAAUCGGCCAAUCCCCAGGAAACGAGUCAAGACAAGACAUUUCGCGAAUCUCGCUUUUGGACCCGGCGCCAGUCUUGGAGGUCACCUAGGUCAAGCGACAGCAUCGACAUCGUCCCUCGACAGCCAAAGCCAGACCACACAAUCUCAACAAUCCACCGAUCAGUUCUGGUGGGCCCCAGGAGCAACGCGCUCGCCCAAUCUGAUGAACGAGAAUGUCCAAGAUGACGAUUCAUCCGAGUCAGAAGACGGAGGAAACCUUCACGGUCCCAUCAACCCCCUACUGAAUCGCGAUCCUCCCAAAUUGAACAUGCACUGGUGCUGCCUGGAACCCAUCUUCUCUGGCGGCGGAGGGAUAGCUGUUCUGGGAACUGGAUUAGGCGGACGCGGCGCAGAUAAAAUCCGAGCCGCCCCUCUCCCUCGCACGAAAGACUUUGAGGACCCAGAUUUCUCUAAUCAUCUUCGACCAGUCGACUAUGUACGAGAAUUGAAGAACAAUGGCUUGUAUGAAUAUGUACUUGGCGAGGACGUGGAUAUCUUAUCCUACCUGAAACAAGAUAGCUUGGACUUACAAGCUGAGACAUGCCCACGAGGACUUUGUCAAGAUUGUUACCGAAGUUUCCGAUGGAAAGUGUCUUGCCGGCAUUGCAAGACAUCUUUGUGCAAGGAGCACGACUUCAGAGGAUUGAAGUUUCGUAAGUGCGGUUAUAGAGACAUGCACACUGAGCGUGAGUAUGCUCGAACCCACAACGAGACGCCUCAGCUGGUCAUUCCUGAAUUCAACACAAGGAAGGCUCUCCAAGGGGAUCCAGAGCAAACGCCUACCACCCUUACGACCUCACAAUCUACGUUGGAACCGUCAACCACUGGCCCAGCCACGCCCGACGGUGGCCCUAUGUCUCAGUCGCAGGUUCUAGCUAAUCUGAUGCAAUCAACUGCCGUCGAUAUGUCUGCUUCGACGUCACAGAGCUCGCACCUGUCGAACUCCGACCCAUUCGCGCAAUCGGCACUUCCAUAUUUACCCAUCAGCUCAUCAAGACCUCGCUCGUUCAGUGCUUCAGGAGUCCGGAGUCGCAAUUCGGGAUCCUGGACGCAUGGCCUUCGCGGUCAAGUCAGUACUAUUUCCAAUCCGUUGCCGCUACCCUGUAAUCCACGCCAUCCCGUGCAAUGGGAGGGCUGUGGAGCUUACUUCUGCCAAAGUGCUCGUCCCGUCGGAGACCACAGAACACAGUGCCCAGCUCAUUUGAAGGAGUGCACGGAAUGUGCUGUUCUUGUUUGCGAUGCCUGCACAAUGAACAAUCCAUCGUGCACGUGCACUUUCUGUACAAUCAACUAUCACUGUCCAUACUGCGCUCGUAAGAAAGAAGUUAGGGCACAGUGUCGGUUCGAGGAAGAGCAGAGAGAAAAAGAAGCCGAGCAACUCCGAGUGAAAGAGCGUAUGGAGAAAGAGAAACAAGAUCGAGGAAAAGCCGAUUAUGUCGCUGGCGCAGCGUUCGAGUUUUGGGAACUGAUGGGCCUACCAAACGAGGGGCUAGUGGAGCAAGGGGAACGAACAGAUGCGGUGGAUCUACCAGCUCCAAGCCCAGACAGCAUCACGGUGACUACGGAGUUUGGUGUCCACGAAGAGCCGAACAACUUCACUGUCAUCUCAGCUGGACUGCCAUCACCCUCAGCAACUUCUACCGAACAAGAGAGCAUGGAAGAGACCACUGAUGCAGAACUCGAAGAUGGCCCCUCCGCGCAAUGGGGCACUGCACCCAGCGAUCUCGGCGCCGCUCUUCUCAUAUUAUCGGACGUCGUGACCGCCUUCGAAGAAGCAACUGGGGCCGGCAAUGCAGGAGACGCCGAGGGCGACGAUGCCAGUUCCGAGGAGGACAACGACGAUGACGCAGAGAGCUCCGUCAUCGACGAGUUCAUCGAAGACGAGAUCAUCGACGACGGAGCGCUGACCCCAACCACCACCACGGGUCACACUUCAUGA